AUGACGGAUCCUCAGUCUGACUCGGUGCAGACUGGAAAGUCAGAACCCAGGCACACUCGAUUUUUUCGUCGCCGUGUUACUCCGCCCGAUGCUGAGAGCAAAGGAACAGAAAAGGAAAAAGAAGAACCUAAGAUUCCUCCCGUCUCAUUCUUCGCGCUUUUUCGAUUUGCUACGCGGAUGGAAAUUUUCUUCAAUAUCCUCGGAUUGGUGGCGGCUGGUGCUGGUGGGGCGGUCACACCUCUACUCAGUGUUUUCUUUGGCAAUCUUACUGCAGAUUUCGUGACUUUUACGCUGACACUUGCGCAAUCACGGGCGGGCUCUGUUGAGGCGACGGCUGAGCUACCAGCAGCUGCAGCGCAUUUUCGACACUCCGCGGGGAGGAACGCAACUUGGUUGACCGUUGUUGGAAUCGCUGUCUUUUUUACAACCCACAUCUAUAUGCAUGCUUGGAUAGUGACGUCUGAAUUGAGCGGGAAACGCAUUCGAGAACGCUAUCUUCAGGCCGUCCUUCGACAAGACCCCACAUUCUUUGAUGAGGUUGGCGCAGGGGAAGUUGUCACCCGCAUUCAAGGCGACAUUCAUCUUGUUCAGCAAGGCAUAUCGGAAAAGGUUCCACUAUGUGUCUUUUCUGUCGCACAGUUCAUAUCUGGCUUCGUCAUCGCUUUUGCUCACUCCUGGCGAAUGGCACUGGUCCUGAUGACCAUGUUUCCGUUCAUGAUACUUAUUGGCGCGCUGAUGGGCAAGUUCGCGCAGAAGUACACUGAGCAAUCCUUGAAGCAUGUCGCCGACAGCGGCACUCUGGCUGAAGAAACAAUAUCUUCGAUCCGCACAGCGCAUGCCUUCGGCUCACAAGAGGUUCUGGCCAAGAUCUAUGAUGCAUUCAUCGGAAAGGCUCGUGUAGUUGAUGUCAAGAACUCGAUGGCUACAGGCUUGGGGAUGGCAGGAUUUUAUUUCUCAGUCUUCGCAUCGUAUGGUUUGGCCUUCUCAUACGGUGUUACUCUCGUCAAUAAGGGCCAAGGCGACGCCGGCACGAUCAUCACUGUGUUCAUGUCAAUCUUGACGGGGACAUUUUCUUUGGUUGUUCUUGGGACCGUGGUCCAACCAAUCCUGCUGGCCAUGGGAGCUGCUGCUAAACUCUUCGACACUAUCGAUCGGGUUCCCUUAAUCGACAGCUCUUCUACCCUUGGCCUCAAAUCUGCUAGUCCAUCUCCUGCAACGCCCACAUUAUUACUCAGCAAUGUUCGAUUUUCCUACCCUUCCAGGAAGGAUAUCCAUGUCCUGAACGGUGUCUCGCUUUCGUUUGGCCAAGGCGUAACAACAGCACUUGUCGGCGCUAGCGGCUCUGGAAAGAGCACUGUUUUAGCCCUCAUUGAACGAUUUUACGAUCUCGAAGCGGGAGCUGGAAGCGUAAAACUAGACGCUGUUGAUAUUCGCGACCUCAAUGUUGGGUGGCUGCGCUCUCAGAUCGGCUAUGUUGCGCAAGAGCCCACUUUGUUCAAUGCAACAGUAAGCGAGAACAUAGCGUAUGGGCUGGUCAACUCUCCCUUCGAGAAACUUCCCGAGAGUGAAAAACAAGCCCGCAUCAAACAGGCCUGUCUCGUUGCUAAUGCGGAUGGGUUUAUUCGAAAACUUCCAUUGGGAUAUAACACCCUAGUUGGUGAACGAGGUUUCUUGCUAUCAGGGGGUCAAAAACAACGUAUUGCUAUCGCUCGUGCCAUUGUUAAGAACCCACGGAUUUUGCUGCUGGAUGAAGCGACUAGUGCGUUGGAUGGACAAAGUGAAGGUGUGGUGCAAAGGGCAUUGGAUAAUGCAAGUGCUGGAAGGACAACCAUCACUAUCGCUCAUCGUCUGAGCACGAUUCGCCGGGCUGACAAGAUAUACGUCAUGGGUAACGGUCACGUUCUCGAAGAAGGCACACACGAUGAACUGCUUGCGAUUCCGACAAGUACUUAUGCGCAACUCGUGGCCGCUCAAACCCUGCGCGAUCCUCAUUCGACUGCUCUUCCUACAUCCGAAAAAUCUCAAGAUGAUCAAGCCGAUAGCCUCAUACAAGAAACUGACAAAAUUUCGCGAGAGAGCAUUUCCGUUGAUGCACUCAAGGAGAGCACCACUCAAAUGAGCAUUGUGGAUGUUUGGCGACGUUUGAUGGUUAUGAACCGCGAGUCCUGGCGAACGUACAUGAUUGGUGCUGUUUUCGCAUUGUUGAACGCAUUGGUCUACCCAUCCUUCGGAAUUGUCUAUUCUAAGGGAAUCGUUGCUUUCUCGGACCCGGACCCUCACAUACGCCGACAUUUAGGCAACCGCACAGCGCUUUAUAUGUUCAUUGUGGCGAUCGGCUCGUCUAUCGUGAUAGCCAUGCAAAACUAUUUAUUCGCUUCUGGCGCUGCCGAAUUCACCGCCAAAUUGCGUUCUGUUCUGUUUCGAGCCGUCCUCGGACAGAAAGUCGAGUUUUUUGACAAACAAGAGAACAAUACUGGCGCGUUAACUGCAAAUUUGAGCGAUUACACGCAAAAAGUCAAAGGUCUGAUGGGCAUGACACUUGGCUCGGUCAUUGAAUGUUUCGCCUCUCUUGCAAUCGGUUGGGUAAUCGGGCUGAUCUUUGUCUGGAAACUUGGACUUGUUUGUAUUGCUUGUGCCCCUUUCUUGUUCCUGACUGGUUACAUCCGUUUGCGAGUGGUCAUCCAGAAAGACGAGGUCAAUCGACUUGCACAUCUCAAAACUGCCCAAAUUGCAUGUGAAGCUGCCAGCGCCUACCGAACCGUCGCGGCGCUAACUGCUGAGGAGACUUUCGUGGCGCGGUACAGCACAAGCUUGGUCGAACCACUUAGAACUGCGAAACGAACAGCCGUAUGGAGUGCCGCAUUGUUUGCCUUCUCACAGACCCUUUCGUUUUGGGUCAUUGCGCUCGCUUUUUAUUACGGCAGUGUGCUCGUCAGUAAACAAGAAUGCUCGACAUUGGGAUUUUUCAUUACCUUAGAAGCGACUAUAUUCGGGAGCAUGAAUGCGAGCAAUGUCUUCUCCUUUGUGCCGGACUUCUCAGCAGCCAAAACGGCUGGGUCGGCGAUUUUUCAGCUGAUUUCGUCUGGUUCUGGGACCCCGCCCCCUGGUGCCAAUAAGGACACCAAGAGCUCCGAGAAACCGAGCGGACAUGUGCGAUUUGACGAUGUGCACUUCAAUUACCCAACCCGGCUGGAAGAACCUGUCUUGCGUGGCCUGUCUCUCGAAGCAAGACCCGGCGAGUAUGUCGCACUGGUCGGAGCGAGCGGUUGUGGAAAGAGUACGAUCAUUCAACUCAUUGAACGGUUUUACGAUGUUCAUAAUGGGACCAUUACGCUCGACGGAGCUGCCAUCGAUGAGCUCGAUGUCCAAUCUUAUCGGAGUCAACUGGCCCUUGUUUCUCAGGAGCCAACCCUUUAUGCUGGAACGAUCAAGUUUAAUAUUCUCCUUGGAGCCUUGAAGCCAGCAGAAGAAGUCACUCAGUCGGAGCUUGAGAAAGCUUGCGCGGAUGCGAACAUCCUCGAGUUCAUUUUGGGAUUGCCGCAAGGGUUUGAAACAGAAGUUGGUGGAAAGGGAUCACAACUGAGUGGAGGCCAGAAACAACGGAUUGCCAUCGCCCGAGCACUGAUGCGGAAUCCAAGAGUAUUACUCCUGGACGAGGCUACUUCUGCCCUUGACUCGACCUCGGAGCAAGUCGUGCAAUCAGCCCUAGACAAUGCCGCUGCCGGCCGUACAACCAUAGCCAUCGCACAUCGUUUGUCGACCAUUCAAAAUGCGGACAGAAUCUAUUUCCUAAAAGACGGCACAGUCACAGAGUGUGGAACCCACGAUGAGCUGCUUCAAAUGAACGGGGAUUAUGCGAGCUUUGUGAGGCUGCAGGGACUGGAGGCGACACGAUGA